AUGGCUUUCCCUUGCCAUUUGUUGAACUUUUGGAGAAGUCCAAUCCUCUUGUGGCAGCCACAACAGAGGGGUUCAUCCUUGGAGCCUCAUACUCCUCAAAGUAAUAGCACUCAGGCUCACCCAAAUCAGCGCUUCCUGGACCUCAUCUUCAGCUUGAUCCUCAGCUCGAUCCUCAGCUCGAUCGAGCUCGAUCUCUUCUUCUUGCAAAUCCCUUCAUGCCCAACUAAUGUGUACACAGGGGGUCUGAAAUCAAUGUUCUCACCCCUAGACUGUGGUGAGCUCAGGGUUGGGCAGGAAGAAGCUUGGAGGGUCCAGCCAAUGGAUGGUGAACUUGAAUUGGAAUCUCCCAUCCAACUCCUUGUGCUCAAUGAGGAGGUUGGUCUUGCAAAACUUGAUGUCCAUCCAACCUGGUGGAGUAGACCUUCUCUUGUCCAGUUGACUCCAGCAGCACAAAGAUAG